GGACGAUGGGGCCUCCUGAUUCCGAGGCUGAUUUUGUAGAGAAAGAUCCAACAAAUAGAUAUCUUCGGUACAAUGAAAUUUUGGGCAAGGGCGCAUUCAAGACCGUUUAUAAGGCAUUUGAUGAAGUUGAUGGAAUAGAAGUUGCUUGGAACCAAGUUAGGAUUGACGACGUCUUGCUGUCAUCGGAAGAUUUGGAAAAAUUGUAUUCUGAAGUUCAUCUUCUGAAAUCAUUGAAACAUGAAAAUAUCAUCAAGUUCUAUAAUUCAUGGGUGGAUGAUAAGCAGAAAACUAUUAACAUGAUCACUGAGCUAUUCACCUCUGGGAAUCUAAGGCAAUACCGCAAGAAGCACAAGAAUAUCGACGUGAAGGCUAUAAAGAACUGGGCUAGACAAGUACUCCGCGGUUUAGUGUUUCUUCACAGCCAUAACCCUCCUAUUAUUCACAGGGACUUAAAAUGUGACAAUAUUUUUGUUAAUGGUAAUCAUGGAGAGGUUAAAAUUGGAGACCUUGGAUUGGCAAUUGUCAUGCAACAGCCAGCUGCUCAAAGUGUAAUUGGAACUCCCGAGUUCAUGGCUCCUGAGCUCUAUGAAGAGAAAUACAAUGAACUAGUCGACAUAUAUUCUUUCGGGAUGUGCAUAUUGGAGAUGGUUACUUUCGAGUAUCCAUACAGCGAAUGCAAAAAUCCAGUUCAAAUCUAUAAGAAGGUUUCUUCAGGCAUUAAACCUGCUGCUCUUGGCAAGGUGAGCGACCCCCAAAUUAAAGAGUUCAUUGAGAAAUGCUUGGUUCCAGCGUCUGAGAGAUUAUCUGCAAAGGAGCUUCUUGAAGACCCUUUCCUUAAAGUAGAAAAUGCUGAUUAUAAGCAGCUUUCUGUAAGCGCAUGCACAAGCACCAUUGGGAGUCCAGAAGCUUCAGUUUUGGAAUUUCAAAGGGCUAAUAAAAACAAUGAGUUUAGGCUAAAAGGGAAGAAAAACGAUGACAAUACUGUAUCGUUGACCUUGCGCAUUGCUGACUUAAAUGGUCAAGUUAGAAAUAUACAUUUUCUCUUUUACCUCAACACGGAUACGGCGCUCUCAGUUGCGAGCGAGAUGGUCGAACAACUAGAAUUAGCAGAUCAUGAUGUUGUCUUCAUUGCUGAAUUCAUAGAUUACUUGAUCUUGAGGCUUCUCCCUGGUUGGAAGCCCUCUUCAUCACUAUCCUUGGCAGGUAAAGACCCGGAUGUUGAGUUAAAGUUGGAACUAGCUUCCGUUGAGGCACAAUAUCAACGUUGGUUUCAAGAGCUCUCUAAGAUGAAAGAGGAGGCAUUAGAGGCUACCAGAAGAAGAUGGAUAGAAAAGAAGAAGCUGGCUGCUCAUUAG